AUGAACCAGAUGUGUUCUCCAGGGCUGCACCCUCCUUCCCCUGACUCCCACCCCUAUCCCCCAGCCCCUCCACCCCCCCACAGCACAGCACCCUUAAAAGUACUGCCUGUGCUGUCCCUCCUUCAGACUGACUCUAGGAUGGACUGUGCACUGCUGCUGCUGUCCCUGUGGGCCCUGGCAGGGAGCUCCUCUCUGCAGACGACGGAUCCGUGUCCUGAGAGGCUGUUGGGGCAGGAGAGCAGAAGGACUUGCCCCCGGCCCUGCAAACGGGACGGUGACUGUGGCAGCAAACGCCAGUGUCUGUGCGACGGCCAGUGUGGGCUCAGCUGUGUGGCUCCAGGCCGGACGUGUCCUUGGCCUCUUCCCACGGUGGAGAGCACAGAGGUGCGGCUGCUCUCGCCCACUCACUCCUUCUCCGCGCUGCUGGAAGUACGCUGCAGACCCGGGUUCAGCCUGUCCACCGGCCAGGACGCCAUCAUCCGCCGGUGUCAGGGCGACAGACAGUGGAGCGGAGACGAGCCCACUUGCAUAGAAUCGCUGCCCACGGCUCCAGAGCCCGCCGCGGCCCUGACCUGUGCUCUGCCUCAAGAUGUGACGGACAUGUUCAGUAUCCAAGGACACGCUUCAGUGGGGACCUCCAUCAAGUACAGCUGCUUAUCUGGAGCGGAUUUAGUGGGCAGCAGUGAGAACUUCUGUCAGGAAAACCAAUCCUGGCAGUAUCCCCAUCCCAUCUGUAAAAAGGUGUUCUGCCAGCCUUCUCAGGAGGUGAACAACGGUUAUGUUGUGGCCGUCCAGAAGACUGAGUACGAGGUGGGAUUUGAUGUUCACUUCUUGUGUAAAAAGAACUUCCUGUUGGAUGGGCCUCAGAAGGUGACCUGCCUCCCAAACGGGCGCUGGAGUAAAGCACCCCCCCACUGCAGAACUCGCUGUCUCAUUCCUGCUGAACGUAGCCGGGUGCUGAUUGGGGGAGUGAAGCGCUGGCCCUUUGAUGUCACUGAUGCCAUGGUUCCUCAUGGGGAAAAUGUAACGUUCUUCUGCAAACAUCCCCAGAAAAUGUGCAGCUUCACUGCAGUACAGACAUGUUUUGAUGGACAGCUGCUGCCACCAGUCUGCUACUUGGAACCCACAUGGCUGCAGUAUAAACUCUUCCCACAUCGUUUGGUGUCAGAGAUUGAGGCCUGUGAGCCGGACGAGAUGGACUGA